GUCUGCGCCGCGUGCGGCAGAAACGGGAAGUGGGACCAAAACAAAGGAGCGGCGGCCGGGAGCGGUCUUUUUUUUCCUACCUCCUCCGGCGUCCACCUCAGCCCUGGCCGCCGACCCCCGGGAGCCGUACGAUCAUGUCCAACAUGGAGAAACACCUGUUCAACCUAAAGUUCGCGGCCAAAGAACUGGGAAGGAGUGCCAAAAAAUGCGACAAGGAGGAAAAGGCCGAAAAGGCCAAGAUUAAAAAGGCCAUUCAGAAGGGCAACAUGGAAGUUGCGAGGAUUCACGCCGAGAACGCGAUUCGCCAGAAGAACCAGGCGGUGAAUUUCCUGAGGAUGAGCGCUCGGGUGGACGCGGUGGCCGCCAGGGUCCAGACGGCCGUGACGAUGGGCAAGGUGACCAAGUCGAUGGCCGGUGUGGUUAAGUCGAUGGACGCGACGUUGAAGACCAUGAAUCUCGAGAAGAUCUCUGCCCUGAUGGACAAGUUCGAGCACCAGUUCGAGACGCUGGACGUGCAGACGCAGCAGAUGGAGGACACGAUGAGCAGUACGACGACGCUGACCACUCCCCAGGGCCAGGUGGAUAUGCUGCUGCAGGAAAUGGCAGACGAGGCCGGCCUCGACCUCAACAUGGAGCUGCCGCAGGGCCAGACCGGCUCCGUGGGCACGAGCGUGGCCUCGGCCGAGCAGGACGAACUGUCCCAGAGGCUGGCCCGCCUGCGAGACCAAGUGUGACCGCGGAACCCGCUCUCAGGCGUCCCGGCCGCAGCCACCUUCGAAGACGGAUACUCUACGCUAGAAACUCGGAACCGGCCUGAAUGCUGAACUGCUCUUACUCAAGAUGCUUCUACCUUUGGGUUUUACAGUGCUCUCCAGAUACACGAAGACGUCCCAGGCCUUCUCCACUCUUAAAUGGAUUUGAAAGUUCUGUAUAACUUGUGAUCAUGUGUAUUUUUAUAGCUGCCUUUUAACAGAUCUGGAUAAUUUGGCGUAUAUGAAUCUUUCUCAAAAAUUUGGUCAAAACUCUAGUUCCCGUGUAUUCAGUAUUCUGCCCGAAUUACCAGAAUUGAAGGUUUUCUUUUUAAUUUUGUGUAAUCGGUAAUAUCUAGAAUUGACGGAGGUGAUUACUUAGGUUGAUUACAGCGCUAUCAACACCUCAUUAAGAGAUUUAUUUUAUGGGCAGUGCUAUUCUGUGUAUCCUUUGUUUAUUGUCAUCAAAUCCAGACUACAGGUGACUAGUCAUCUGUUCUCAUAACUUACACUAAAAUUACUUUACGACUUUCCAGCAUAAUGUUCAGUUACUGUUUACGUCCUAUAAAUUUUUCUUAUGGUAGUUGUCUUUUUAUAACUGGAAAAAAUGCCAUGUAACUUGCAUUUAUCAUGAGAAAAGUGUUCGUUUAUGGUUUUAAGAUUUACAAGGUUUAACGUUAGUAUCACAGUUUUUUCCAAGUGAACUUCUCUCUCACGUUUCUAGUUAUUUUCCUAUUUAAUUAGACUUCUUUUAAAGUAUGGCAAUUAGCAUGACAGUCACAUUACUCUGACGUUGCCAAAGAACCGUUGAUUGGUUUGAGAAAGCCCUGGGACUGGGUGUGUGUAGGUUUUGUUUUGAUUUUAAUCAAAAAUAGAAAUAAAAUUAGAACUGCA